GGCUACCUGCACGGCCGCACCACCAACCUGUCCCCCCUUUCCCCUCGUCCCCGUGUGAUCCACAACUCCUCAGUCCUCCCACGUGACUCUCUCACUCUCAUCUUCUUCACUUCCCAGUCUCCCACCACCAACACCAACGACAGAGAGAGAGCAGGCAGCGGCAAUGGCUGGCGCCGGGGACGAGUACUACUACGGCGGGCCAGGCCCGCGCGGCGCGCCUCACGGCCUGCUGCUGGCGGUGGUGGUGGGCCUGGUGGUGGCGGGCCCGCUGUUCCUGGGCGACGGCGGCGAGGCGCUGACGGAGGCCGUGGCGGAGCUGCUGAGCCCCGUGGGGCUGCUCCUCCUCCCCGUCUGCCUCCUGUUCCUCAUCCGCGUCCUCUCCUCCGACCGCGGCGCCGCGGCGCUCGCCGACGUCUUCGCCUUCGGCGGGUCCCCCGACGCCGUCCACCGCGUGGGAGGCUCCCCCGUCGGCGUCGCCUUCAUGCUCCUCCUCAUCCUCGCCCUGCUCUACUACCGCUCCUCGCUCUUCGGCGGCGACGGCGGCGACGACGAGUAGAGCAGGAGCCGGCCGCGGCGGGUCGCUUUGCAGGGGCCAGGGAGGGGGAGCGGCGGGGCGGGGCGGUAGUCGGCGCGAGCCUGCGAUCUCCGGCCCGGCUGUGUUGGGGUGUGUUUUUUGUGUAAUGCGUGGUUUGCGAGGGGCGUGGGUGCAAAAGUGCGUGCGUGCGUGCGUGUGUGUGUAAAUCGUGUGGAGCACUGGAGUAAAAGUAAUUAAUCUACUGUUUGCUUCGUCGGUUUGUGAUGAGGGGUUGCUGAA